UUGUCAGAGCGGCGACAGAGUGAAAGGUGGAAGUGAUGCAACGUUUCUGUGCACCUGUGACCCCCUCCCCCCUCCCCCUGCCUGCCUACACGCACAUCCACGCACCAACCUGGUAGUCCCGAGGAGCGGGACGCGCGAGCCGUUGGGUGGAGCAGCAGCGUCGCGUGCUGCGGAACACACUCAGUAGGUCGAGUGGGCGCGCGCGGUUCGGUUGCAGAUGCAGGUCGCGGAGUGUGAGCGCGAGGCGGGGGGAAAUGGCGAACGGGCGCGGGCGGCGCUGCGCCUCGUGAGGAUACAGUAGAACCCGGAGCGGCGGCAGCGGGACGGAGCACCGAACCAUGGAGGACUCCGAGCCCGCAGAGGACGGCUUGCUCGCCGGCUUGCGGUGGAACCGGAGCGCACGGGACCAGGCUCAGCUCAAACACAAAAUCCGGGAUCUGCCGGGGUUACUGAAGCACGGGCUGCACCUGCGGAAGAAGAGCCAAUCACCUGAUACUAUCCCCGGACCAAGCACUGGACCUGCAGUACACAAGUCUUGUUCCCAGAGUUUUCCGUGUGCCGGUCGGAGCGUGAGGAACGCCUUCCUCUCUCAUGGACCAUACCCGGCUAAAGACAAGAUACACCUGGCCAGAAUCAUACGGCGUAGUUAUGUGGGUGUGGAGCUGGUGCAGUGGCUGUGUGAGCAGUGCGUGUACGUGCGCUGUCGGACGACUGCUGUGCGUGUCUGGCAGGUGCUGCUGGAGCUGGGAGUCCUGCUGUCUGUGGACCAGCGGGUGGUGUUUUCAGACUCCAACUCCUACUACCAGUUCAGCUUUGAGGAGUGUGACUCCGCCUCCUGUGAGUUUCGCUCCAAUGAGGGGGAGUGGCCAGAGGCAGUUAGGCUCCUCCUACAACUCGCCCCGUAUGUUCAGUUUCGCUCUGGAGGCGGGACCACCAGCCCGGCAGAGGAGGACUCUGAAGGCAACAGGGACAUCUGCAGUGAGAUUCUCCAGAUGAAAGCUCUUGAGAGGCUCACAUCCACGGUGCAAAGUGAGCUGGCGGCUGCUCUCGCCCGAAAGACUCGCAAAGCUUUAUCAGAGCAGGACUCUGAGACGACAGAGACGAGCCACCAGGAGCCUCGAAUGCCCAGCGAGGAGAACAGCCCGCUGGGCGGGGUGUGUGCCCUGCGGGGCGGCGGCGGUGGCGUUGGCAGCAGCAGCGUCGGAGGGAUGGGGACGUGCGGUCGCGAGGAGCUGACCAGCCGGCUGGGACUGGAGGCCGUUCAGCGUCUGGCCAAGGAUGGCUGCCGACUGCUGCAGAACCACAACUACCGGCUGCCUGACAGGAACCAGACGGAGGCCGUGGGGAGAGUUUGUCUGAAGGAGAGAGGACGGGACGUUCUGGUGUUGCGGAGAGUGACAUCAUCAGUGACAUCGCCAUCUGAGAGGCCCUCCCCCACAUCGUCGGGGGGCGGGUCCAGAGAGGAGGACUGUGACAAGAGGUAUGUGGUGGUGUCCGGGACGCCACUCAAGAUCCUGGAGCACCUGCUAAGUGACCUGCGGUUGGACGACCAAAGAGGGGCGCCAGAGAGCCGGGAGAGUGAAAUGCUGCUGGAUGACUUCCUGUUGACCUACCUGGUGUUCAUGUCCACAAGUGACCUCUGUCAGGCUCUGCUGGGACAUUAUAGCAGCGCUCGCUGCAGGGGCCAGGAGGAGGGCAAAGACGCCCUCUUCAGGAAGCGUAAGGUACUGCAGCUGGUGUCCCAUUGGAGCAGACUCUACAAGGACUUCCUGAAGGAAGAGGAGCACGUCAGGAGCUUCAUGAAGACCCUCUACAGGUGUGUUUUAGAAGAUCUGUAUGAGUUCCCCACGCUGGAGAAAGACCUGAAGGAGUUCCAGAAACUCCUUCGUCGCAGACACACUGUGGAUGACUGCCCUCCAAACCAAAAGAGCAAACCAGUGCAUCAGCAGCUGAGUCUGAAGGAAAACUCUCUGCAGCUCAGAAGUCCAGCAACUGAGACGAGAGACGUUAUUUGUUGUGUAUACGUGAGCGCUGAUUCCUACCUGAGCGUCCACACGCACCCCUCAAUGGAGGCCCAUGAGCUGCUGAGGAUCGUGGGUCAGAAGAUGGACCGAGCAGAAGACGACACUGUGCUCGCUGUGGUGUCACAAACUGGAGAGCGGAGGGUGCUGCAGCCCAGUGACUGUGUGUACUCAGAGUCUCUGACCCCGCAGGGAAAGCUCAUGGCCUGUCGCAGGGAUCUUACUGAGAUCUUGCCUCCUCUAACAGACAGUGCUGAGCUUAGCAGGAGGCCAGUGCGGCUCCUGGGUAUCAACACCUGGGACGUGGCAGCUGCUCUCACACACCUGGACUGGAGCCUCUUCAAAUCCAUCCAUGAGCAGGAGCUGGUGUACUACACCCUCAGCCGGGCUCCUGGCACCGGCCACACGGCGGCGCUCUCAGUUCUGCUCCAGCGCUGCAACGAGGUCCAGCAGUGGGUCAUGUCCGAGGUUCUGAUGUGUGUAUCGCUCAACAAGAGAGUGCAGCUGCUCAAGAAGUUCAUCAAGAUCGCUGCUCAUUGUAAAGCCCAAAGAAAUCUGAACUCUGCAUUUGCCAUCAUCAUGGGUCUGAACACAGCAGCUGUCAGCCGCCUCAACCAAACCUGGGAGAAAUGUCCGGGGAAGUUCAAGAAGCUUUUCUCAGAGUUGGAGCUCAUCACGGAUCCAUCUUUGAACCACAAAGCUUAUAGGGAAGCCUUCAAGAGGAUGAAACCUCCCAAGAUCCCUUUCAUGCCUCUUCUCCUGAAAGAUAUCACCUUCAUCCAUGAAGGAAAUAAGACCUUCCAUGACAACCUGGUCAACUUCGAGAAGCUGCACAUGAUCGCAGACACCGUGAGAAUGAUUCGCCACUGCCAAAGCGACCAGCCAGGCAACGAGGUGAUCGGGGUGGACAGUGCGGAGGUGAGGGCGAGCGUUCACUACCUGCACAUCAUCGACAAUCAGCAGACGCUCUUUGAACUGUCACACAAACUGGAGCCCCGCGCUUAAACACACACACACACGUACCCUCAUAGACACAACCUCAACCAGUACGUGCGAUGCUUUGUGCAGAGACACGUCACACACUCACACAUCCACUGCAACAACAUCACAGUACCAGCAGAGGUGCCAGGUGGACUCAAAGGUGCCAUGGGUUCUGAUGAAAAGGAGUCCGUGCACACUCUGAACUGUCCAUAGAAAGAGAGUCUGCACAUGAACAUUUGCCAAAUGGAGAAGGCUGUAAUUAGUUUGUACAGUAUCUACUGGACUGAAUGUGCCCUUGUUUUUGUUCCUGUGAUGAGCUUUUGGUAAUUUAUGAGCCUGUUCUCCAGGUGGAAUGUUCCUUUUUUAAAUUUUUGUCAAAGUGUGGUCGCCCGCCUCAGAGGUCAACAAGGACUUGAUAGCCUCUCAUCAUUUCAGUUGUAAAUACAAACGUUCUGUGGAGGAGUUGGAUCUGUCGACCCGCUCGGUGGGUCAGGACUCACACACCUGCCUGUGACGAUCCCAGAUACACGCCAUCGUUGUUUAGGUGUUAGUGUGGAGCCUUUUUUGGUUAUUAUGUGAUAGCUAAUGCAGUACGAGGUAGAAACAUAUCUGCACCUCGCUCACAGCGUGUUGUGUGUGUCAGGCUGACUGACUGACGCUUCAGAUCACUAAAGCUCUCCUGAACGUGUCGAGUCCAAACACACGGUUACUGGUUCUGCUUCACAUUUCAGAGUCCGGUUGACUUUUAGCCAAACACUCCUCAUGCACUCUUCUCUAUGAUGUCUUUGUGUGUAUAGAUAAUGCUGAUUUUACAUUGUAUAUUAUAUGGACCUAUACAUUUUCAGUGCCAAACGUCACAUGGAGUUCUGCAGCACAGACGCACUACAGAGGCCGAGGUUUGUUUAGGAUUCAGUGUCUUUUAGAUUCCCUUGAAUUAGUCCUGGAGAGUCCUGGAGAGAUGCUUGCUGACAUAAUGAUGACUGGUUUCAAGGUGCAUGAUGGUAUCCAACACAAGCUGGGUCGCUAUGGAAACACAGCUCCAUCAUAGAGCUGUUUUUCUUUCUUUUUUAUCCUUGAGUUAUAUGAACAGAGCACGUCAGAGCUUUGUUAAGAAAUAGUUUUAUUCAACAAAGUCAUGUUCAUUCAUUAUGACAUGGAUGAUUCGUUCUCACUGACUGAACAGAUUAUUCAACAGUUCUAGGUAAACUGAGAAAUGAACACAGGUGUGGACAGAAUAGAAGCAGAAGCUUCCUCUGUGAUGCCAAGACUCUGGUUGUCCCUCUAACAUUGGUUCUCAUUAUUGUGGCUUUCUAACUACUGAGAGAAUGAUCCUUUGAACCAAAUAAAUCCUCAAAUUCUGACAUCUUCCUAUGAAAAACACCUAUUUGCUAUUCAAAUCACUGAGGAACUGUCUUAAUAAAACGAUCACUGCAUCCGUCUGUAAUGCAGCAUGCGAUGAGGGCAGUCAUUCAGAAAUGAUACUUAAUGGGUGAUGAUUUUUACAAAUUAAGUCAAGAAUCACGCCCUUGACCCCGGAGCAGUCUUCACACCUGGCAGACCUGAGGUGUGUUCUUUGGUCCUCGGCCUCUAUCUGCUCACACAGCCAGUCAGUCCUACAUCUCUGCUGAGUAGGAGGAAAGAAUCCUAAAUGUAAUGGAGCGGUGCAUGUCGUGUGUUGUUUGGGUAGUUAGGAAACAUUGGGGGGUAAAGUGCAAUACAGUAGAAAUGUCUUUCACCAGAAGUGUUCAUCAUCAUUUCAACAGAGCACAGAGCUGCUUUCUCCUGCAGGUCUUAACCAAUCAUACACUUUAAACAUCUUUGCAUCAUUAAAAAAAAAUUUAAAAGAAAGAUCGGAGGUGAUCUGAAGGUGAAGACUCACUUUUAAACAUCAUUCUUGUGUUGUGAGCAGCUUGGACUUCGUCUGUUAUUAAAAACUCCAAGCUGUUGUUGUCACCAGCACUUCCUGUAGAUGCUCUGAAAACUGAGCAUCGCCCAAACUGAUCCAUUCCUGUUCAAAGCUUAUUUUAGCCAUUCAAUGUGUACAGUUUAAAUUAUACAGAUCAUAGAGUGGAUUUUCCAUUUAAAGCAAGACUAUAUAGCUUGUGCUUGAUGACAGCCACUGCAGCUUCUCAGGAGUUAUGGGAUAAAGAUAAAUGCUGUAGCUGUAUUUGCCUGAAGUUUGCUAACACUAGCAUUCAGCUAGUAUUUAGCAUUUGCCAAUUUUCUUAGCCUUUAGCUUAACACUAACUAAAUGCUAGUCUUUAACAUCAAGUUGAACACAAAAUUAGCAUUUAGCAUCAAAAGCUAAGAUAACAGUAGCUGUCAUUAUCCUUCAUGUGCUACUAGUCAAACCAGACAUGCCAACAUGUUUCGUUGGUUUCAAGUUCAGCGUUUGAUUCAUAAGAGAAACGGCGUUAAAGUUCCACUUUCUGCUUUAAAGAUGCUUUUAGCGAAACCAGAGUUUCUUUGAGCCGAUGAAUCAGAACCAUGGUCUGUUGAUAUCGGAGUCAUGGAACGGCCUGGUGGUUGUCAUUCUUACUGUUGACCUGUACAUGACACACACAUGCACAAACACACCUCUGCUCAGUGUGUUCCAAGAGCAGAAUGACUGUGUUAUACUGGUUAUUUAUUGUAAUAUACUGUUUAUUUAUGUAUUUUUGAGGUGACAGAAGAUCAUGUGCCAUGUUCAGAGGUUCAACAAUGUCGACGUGCAUUCUCGAUAAAGAAACUUGUCUUUGGUUUGAAGCUGUGAUGCUGGAAUGUAAAAGUUCUUGUUGUUACGUUUAGUGGCCAGUUGAGGGCAGCAUAAGAUAAAGUCAGCAAGUCUCAUCUGUCCUCUGCUGUCAUGGACAGGAAACCAACAGGAAGGUGUAUUCAGUGUUCUAUUGGCUGUCGUCAUGACUGUAAAGUUACGUUUUUUAAAGCAUUGUUGUUUAAAACCUGUUUGCAUGUUAAAAUAAAAGACACAAAGUUCACAAUGCAAGAGAGACACGGCGAAGGCUUUGUACUAUUGUAAUAUUGUUGAUGUGUAAAUAUAUGCCCAUGUUUGGUAUGUUAUUAUUUAUCAGUUGUAAAUGAAACAAAAAAAUGAGUCACCCACGAAGCAAUACGUCUCCCCUCGUGACCCUCAACCUCCUGACAGCUGAAGCCACAUGUCUUUUCUAAAGCUGCGUUUUAUUAUGUCAAAUAUGACUGAACUGAAUAAAUUAUAGGUUUUCUGUGACA